AUGAGGAAGAUCAAGGCUACACUAGAUGUUCAUGAGUCCUCCUCUCCCCCACCCCUCCCCUCAGAGUCAGGCAGCCUGGAGGGAUCAAGUCCUCAAGGGUCCUGGGCACAAUCAGCACUGUCUCAGCCUCCCUCAGUGUCCAGGGCUCCUGGACAGACAGUCGCCAUAUCCUGUGCCGGAAGCAGCAGUGACUUUGGGGUUAAAACUGUUUCCUGGUACCGACAGCACCCAGGCCUGGCUCCCAAACUCCUCAUUAAUGAGGUCAGUAAAUGUCCCUCAGUGAUCCCGCUUGUGGCACCUGGGGCGGGAGGGGGGAAUGUGCCCAGAGAGCCAGGCGCUGGGAGCCAGGCAGCUGGCCUGAGGGAUGUGGCACUUUGGGGCCAGGAGGUGGGCGUGUGCGGGCCCCCGCCUGAGUGUGUUUCCAGGCCCCUGUGCCUGUUUCAGAACCCUGGGCUCUCCCUCCCAAGUGCCGCCGGCCCUGAGCCCUCCACGCAGCAGCCAGCUCCUGGGCCCCGGUGCUCCUGCCUCUACCGAACCCUGGGGCGAGGCAGGGGAAAGGGGCGCCCCCACCACGCAGGGGGCCCGAGGCACACGCGCCCAGCUCUGGGCAGGCUCUACAGAGAAGCCCCCGCGCGACUAGGUGGAGUCCGACCCGCGGGCUCCAGCUGGAUCCGCCGAAGCACCAGGCGGGGGACGCUGCAGGGCUCAGGCGUCCCCGGGUCCCCUCCGGGCCUCGGACGAAGUGCAGACGCCGCGGGGCCGGAGCCGGGGCUGAAUCCGAGCCUUCACCGCCGGCCCUGGCAGCCCGGAGUGGCAGCGACUGCAUCGCGCUCCCGGCCCGCCGCUUUUCCAGAGGUCCGGGCCACCCGAGCGCGCUGGCGUCUGCCAGUCCGGGGCAACGGGUCCCGCGGGCGGCCGGCGCCGCAUUGCCUGGAGUCUGGUCCCAGGCGGCAGCGGCGCGGCAGCCCCCUGAUUCCCCGGCAGGAGCGAGCGCGGGAGGGAGCGAUCGAUGAGACCCUGCAUGGCAGAGCGGCUGCGCAAUCCGGCCGGGGCUUUCGGGGCCAGCGUGCGCGCUGCUCCGGGGGCGGCAGGGCGCCCGGAACCCCCGCGCUCCGCAGCCUGCCAUGGUGGCUGAGCGAACAGAGCGGCGGCUGCCGCGCUCGAGAUAUUUUUUAA